AUGCCGACUUUCCAUCUCUUCUCGAAAGAGACCAAGAGCGACGACGCUCCUGGAGACUCUGGAGGCCAUUGUCCAGCACCAGCACCAGCAUCACAUCCUCUCACUCGAACAUUUGCUGGGACUAUAUAUCACAAAGGCUAUAGUGAAGGCGCCGCUCACACCCACCGGUCCACUCUCGCGACCACUCCUACCCCUUUCGACCGGCUUGCCGCUUUUGCGAGCGAUCACCCUCUCCUGACCGCUACAAUGGUCCUCUCCGUCGCUGGUCUCGGCCUCGCCGCCAAGCCAGCUGUCUUCCGACGUGGUCAUAUCUCGACGAAACCCCAAACUCCCGGGCUCGCACGGCUAUUCAGUAGCCCGCAAGGGGCGCCUUCUCUCCCCGCUGCGGCUAGGUUCCGCGACCUCCACAUCCGCGAGCCUCCCCCUACUGUUCCAGCAGUAGUGAAGGUGCUUGAGAAUGCUCAGCAUGAUCUGGGAGAGACGCAGGCGAAAGACAGGAAGGAGACUCGCGAGACGGAGGAAGCGCGGGAAGCUCGGAUUGCGGAGGUCGAAAGUCGACUUGAGCGAGAGGGUGCUUUGGAAGGGGCCAAGACGCGUGGAGUGACGGAUAUUUCCCCUGACAAGUCUCUUCACGAGGCAGCUGAAGAGUAUCUGGGAAAGACUACUGGCGGUAUCUUGGACCACAUGAACAAGAUGGUUUCAGCCGAUGAUUUUGUAUUCCCCAUCGAGCGAAACACUAGUACGAGUAUUAACAUUCACCGUGGCGACAGCGGCAUCCUCUACGCAAACAAGUCAUUCACCAUCAUCUCACCUCACUAUCAUAACAUCACCGACGCCUCUUCAAAGGCGCGUAAGAACGGUCAGACGCAUGUCGGCUUUUACGGUCUCGUCAGAGUAUACACGCCAAUCCCUGAGCAAGAUAUCUCUCUCCAAACGCGAAACGGCACGACAUUCAAAGCACACCUCCUCUAUUCUACAUCCGCCGAACGAAGCCUUGUCAGGAUCUCUUUGGAUGGGUACUGCUUGGCUACUCACAGUGCCCAUCUUGGGGAUUACCCUAAACUGGGACACGCCGUUAUUGGGAGAUUGCCGGACGUGUCUCGCGAGUGUUUGAAGGUUCAACCGGGAGAGCAAGCUGGUAUCGAUGCUGCGUAUGAGAGACAUUUCGAUCAAUUGCAGGAACGUCUCGUCUCCUCUGCAAAGUUGAGGUUUGAGGGGAAAGAGAAGAAGCGGAAGGAAAGUGGGGAAGAGGUCGAGCUAUUCACGUUUCCCGAUGUCUCGACCCAGCCGCAUCCCACUUAUAUCGCACGAGGAGAUAGCGGAAUACUUUACGAUAAAACCCGAGCGAUUGAGAUCAUCCGACCUGAUGAUGAUGAUAAAUUCGUCUACAGAAGCACGGAUGGCCCGAUCUUCGUACCAGGUCUUGUCAAAGUGUACAAACGCGUCCCGGAUGAGCGUCCUUCUACAAAAGAAAUCCAAUCUGGCAAGACGUUCAAAGUCCGCUUACGGUAUGAAGACGUUCAUCGGAUAAAUGGCCCGAGCUAUAUCGCUAUCGAUGGGCAUGUGCUUGCUCUCAUGGAGGAUAAUGAGCAAUUUGUGGUUGAACGGUGUUCGGGAUUCCUUACUGAUCGAGAGAAGGAUAUAUUGGAGAUCAAGCCGGGGGAAGUCGAGGAGUUGGAAGCUGUUUGUAGAAACUAUCUCGAUGAAAACGCCUGGUCUAUUGAAGAUUGGGAAGAAGAAGUAUACGAUGAUAUACGUGCCGAGAGGGCAAGUGAAAUACUCGCCAAAGAAACGAAAGCCGCCCCAACCUUCUUCACGACACAAGGCUACGUCUUUCCCAGCGUCACCCCCAGGACAACCCCAGUCCCUGCGAUACCAAAGGGCACGAGCGGCAUUCGAUAUGAUUCCAACAAGGCUUUCGAGAUCAUCCAUCGCUACAACCCCGACAGCUUGCGCACGCACGACUUUGGAUUUGGUCCUUCCUUUGAAGAUGGUAUCGUUGUCGUCUACAACAAGUGGAAUAGUGGGGACGCUAUCGAACGGCUUGAGCAAGGGGUCAUGCUGAAAGCACGCCUGCGCUACGAUCAUGAUUCACUGGACUCGCCAUCGUAUAUCGCCGUCGACGGGUUUGUGUUCUCCACUCGACGGGAUGCGAGCUCGAACGACUUGGCUAUCGAGAGAUGUGAAGAGGUCAUUCCGGAAGAGACGAGACUGGCGUUGAACCCGAAUGCGGAAGAGAGGGCGGCUAUGUCUGAGAUUCGUGAGAACGUCAUACAGAAGCAAAAGACGGAGAUAGAGUCGAGUACAGCAAAGGAAGAACGGGAUUUCAAGGCUCGUGAAGCGAAGAUGCUUUCUAAUCUGAAAUUCCCCACGACACCACUCAUGCCUGCAUCUCAUAUCACCAAAAGUCCAGCGGGCAUUCGAUAUACCAAAAACACCGCCGCCGUCAUCAUCUCGCCCACGUGGGACUUGCUCCCAUGCCAUCAAAAAGGCUAUGUGACGGACACAGAGUAUGUUGUGCCGGCUCUCGUGGUGGUCGUCCCGCCGCCCGCCAAUAUCCACGUGGACUUUAUCGAUCAGCUUGAGAAAGGUGUCCUCGUCAAGACUGUAGUCCAGUACAAGAACGACGUUGCGGUCAGGAUCGCGAUGGACGGCUGUUUCUUCUCACUACGCUUUGCUGGGGGAGAUGAUGUUUUGCAUCAGUUCUUGGGAGGUUUGGGAAGCGACGUGGCGGAGCUGUUGGAAAUUCAGGAGUGGGAGAGACCGCAGAUUGAUAAAUCUAUCAAGGAGUAUUAUGAGCGUUUGAAUGAGGUUGAUGAUCCGAUCUCGUUCGACAGUGACGACGCUCUGCCUUCCCCGACCUUUUCCACCUCUUCCACCAACACUUCCCUCGCCAUCCCGCCCCCUCUCGGCAACGUCUCCUCUCUCAAGGAAUGGGAUUUCACAUCCGCCACUCUGGUAAACGGGCGACCUGCCUGGGUAGCAAAAGCAUAUGAGGAACGACCCGAAGUCUUUGUAGGCUCGGCCCCGAGCAUCAGCGAGGACGAGUUGAUGGACGUCAUCUUUGACCGUAAUGGGCACGGCUUGGAGUUCUUCAUUGAGAGGAGCGUGGAGGAGGGUGGAUGGACGUUGGAUACACCACCGUUCGGGCUGAAGGACGCGGAAAAUGAAUGGAUGGAGGAGAGAGGUGUUGGUAUAGGGUUGAAGGGGUGGGAGAGGUAUCAUCGUUGGAUCGUUCGAGUCAGGGGCGCCGCCAUCGCAACGCAUGGUGCGGCUUUCAACGGCGAGACUCGCUCCUUUACGUGCGCUGUGAGGAACAAUUUUAUACAGGCGAAAGCUUUGUAUUUGCCCGGGGGAGGCGACAUUGGUCUCAAGUUGGGAAAGUCCGGGGAAUACACCAUUCACCAAGACCCACAAGCACGAGUAUAG